CAAGGCUAUCGGUUUUCUGUUCUCUCGGUGAUAUUUCUGCAACAGAAUACUAACUAAAUAAAAUUAGAAAGAAAUAAAUACUCAUGAAAUUUUGAGUAUUCCGAGGCCCUCUUAAAACUAGGACGUAUAUAAUAGGAGGUGAUAGUUUUAAAUAUAAAGAAACAACAAUAUAUUGUGAUACAAUAUACAUAGAUGAAUAAUAGAAACCAUUGUAUCUACUAAACGAUAAACAGUCGUUAACAUAUCCUAAAUGGACAAAAAUAGACCUUAAUCUGGUUUUAUUCAAUUCGAAUAACUUUUGAUUUAGUCUUCAUGUUGACUUUAUGCCAUAAUUACUUUGGAGUGACAUCUAAUAACAAAAAUAACAAAGAUGAUGGUCAAACUUUUAGUAAAAGAAAAUUUGCCUUUGGAUUAUUUAUUCUAUUUCUUGUCAGCGUGUUAUGGGUUGUUUCAUCAGAGCUGACAAAGUACAUAUAUAUAGAAAAGAAACUUGAAAGACCAUUUUUAGUGACAUACGUAAGGAGUUCAUUGUUAUUUGUGUAUCUUGUAGUAUUAUGUUUCACUCCACCAACAAGAGAUCCCUGUCAGCCUGCGGAUUACACUCAACUAUUAGAGCCAACUGCAGAGACAGAUGAUGAAAGCUUUUACACAGAAUCUAACAACAGCCUGGGUGAUUCAACUUUUGUUCCUGUACGAGCAGGAGAAACUACAGACAGUGAUGACGCAACACCGAGAGCUGUACGAUUCAAUAAAGUAGCAGAAGUGCGUGUAAUGUCAGCGGCGAUGGCAGGGGAAGCGUUGUUGGCGCGCCUGUCGUGGUCUGCUUCCAUUCGCGCCACAGAGUACGCGCAGCGUCGAGCCGCAGCUGCUGCUACAAGACGACAUCUUAAACUAGCUCUUGUUUUUUGUGUACCUUGGUUUAUCGCCAACUAUUUAUACCGCCUCAGUUUACUUCACUCAUCCUCAUGUUCAGCGACUCUGUACACAUCGACGACUGCAGCGUUCGCACUAUCGUUUGGAGCGCUUUUCGCUCAAGUACCAUCCGAUAGAUUUUCUCUCUCAAAAUGUGUCGCUGUCCUGCUCACUACAGCGGGCCUUGUAAUUUUGGGUGUAUCAGAGAGUCAUCAAAGUAAUUGGAUAGCUGUUUUAGCAGCUAUAGGAUCUGCUUUCUGUUACUCUUUACAUCUCAUGCUAUUUCGACAAGAAUUGAGGAAAGGGGAUGGAAUUAACUCCUUUUUACUAGUUGGUGUAGUGGGUUGCGCCUGCGGCUGUCUAGCAUGGGCGAUCGGUGGCGUGUUGGCUGUCAGUGGUGUUGAACGUGCCGAACUGCCGUCUCCAAGACUUUGGAGCUGGUUACUAUUAGAUGCUGCACUGGGACCGCUGCUGCUGGAAUCUUUAUGGCUGUGGGGCCGCUGCCUGACGUCGUCGGCGACGGCGACGGCGACGCUGGCGCUGACGCUGCCGCUGUGCGCGUGCGCGGAGGCGUGGCGCGACGGCGGCAGCGCGUGGCGCACGGCGGCGGCGCUGCUGGCGGGCGCGGGCUGGCUCGUGGCCGCGCUGCCCGCGCCCGCCGCGCUCGCCGGCCUCGCCGCCCGCCUGCGCGCCGCCGACUCGUUCGCAGCAAUAAGGAAUAUAUCAGAAUUAGACGAACAAUCAGAGGCCCUGAUGUCGUCAGAAGAACCGACGUAACCCCCAUCGAGUGCGCGUUAUGGAGUUGCUUCGAGUGUGAACAGCACAGAGUUUGUUGUGUGAACACCUUUCGUUAUUACUAGUCUAAUAUGUGUAUAGAAUAUAAAGAGUACCAAGAUAUCCUUAAUUUUCAACAAUGUGACACCAAUAUUAUUAAAUACUUCAAGAAGUAUUGUUUUCUAUUAAGAACAUUUUUCCAAUCAAAGGUGAUGAUUUAUAAUUAAAAGUCGCCGCAUUUUCAAAUGACACGUAAUAUAAACAAACCAGAAUAUCCUUUAUAUUUUCUUUAUUAUAUUAUUAACGAUCUUGAAAGAUUUUAUAUAUUGAUUUUGAUUUUAUUAUUGAUAGAAUCGUCAUAAGAUUUUAUGGCAUAUGUACCAUAUGGCGCAGGCGUUCACUUGGUAAUCAUUUAAUAUGUUCCUAUUAAGCGAGUAUGGUCUACAGUUCCGAAUACCCUGUAAUCUUUCCUUACUGUUUGAUGACGUCAUUCAUAUAAACAUAUGAAUUAUCCGUAUACUAAUAUCGAAAAAAAGGUUUUAUAUUUAUAUGACUGUAACUCUAAUUUAGUCUAUGGUAUUUGUUAAUCUCCGAUAUCGUAUACGUUUCGUGUCAUCGGAAAGUGUGACAACUUAAUUAUAAAUCUUAUAUAUACACUAAAUAAUCAUUCCACUAUUUGUAUAGUCCUUUCCGUUACGAUACGUAUUCAUAUAUUAUAGAUAUUCUUGUUUUAUAUUCGUUUUCUUUUUAGGUACUGAUAAUUAGGUAAAUUUUAUUAAAAAUCUCGUUUUAUAUAUUUUUGUUCCGAAUAUAAAUAAAAAUAAGAACUCAUACAAGUUUCGCCUAUACGACAAUAUUUAAUUUUCAGGUCACUUCCGUGCCUUUUAUCUCUAAAAUUAACUUGUAAAUUAACUAACUGUAUAAUAUCAUGAUCAAUUUUAUUUUGUUUUAAUAAUAAUCAGUAUUUAUUAGUAUGAAUAUAUCGUGCAUUUGUCAUGUAUUUAAUGAUUU